AUGGCUACCGUUGCAAUGGCACCGGAGCUGCUAGCCCAGCAGUCACAAUCCGAGGAGACCCUCAGUACGCUUCCCGAUCCUCGAAGCCCUCUUACUUCUCCAGAGCUGUCGAGGAGCAAUUCAGUAUCGCCACAUCACCCAGAGCUGAGCAAUGAGGUUGCUGCGCUAAGUAACAAGCUCAUACACGCCAUAAACCACCAAACAGAUCUUGAGGAUAGCCUCAAUGCGACGCGGCAUGGAUUGGACUCAGCCCAAGAGCGUGUACGACAGCUUGAACCUUUGGUCCAAGAACACAAAUCCUUAGUAGCUAAUGGAAUUCUCGUCCGGCAAACUGAUGUGGAGGCCGAGAUUCUGAGGCUAAAGACCAGUUUGGCAGAUGAGAGAAGGCAAAGAGCGAAAGCUGAAAACGACAAGAUGGGUAUCGAACAGGAAUUGGAGAGUUUGACGACUGAGUUAUUCGAGGAAGCCAACAAGAUGGUUUCAGCUGCACGAAAAGACGCUCGUAAAGAGAGAGAGCCCCUCGAGCGACGAAAUGAACAGCUCCAAGCCCAAUUGAACGAUGCCGAGCUCCUUCUUGCGUCACAUCAAGAACAGCUCGCGGAAUUGAAGAUCUCCAUGCAGGAUAUGACGGUCCAUCGCACUGAUUUGGAGGCUAGCACCAACGCCUCAACUGCACCAUCGACUCCGGCACCCGACAACCAAGAUCAAAUGAGUAAAGUCUUCGAUGCCCUGAACCUCUCGCCUACCAACCCGGGAAGAGACGAGAUCCCGCCAGCGCCUCCCAUGAGUUUUACGCAUCUAUUACAACCUGUCCUACGACUGGACCUGCAAGCAUACGAGGACUUCCAUGCACUCCUCGCAAUGUCUCGGAAAUCUCAGCCUUCAAGCCGUGUCACGAGCGGCAACUAUGGUAGUCUGAACGGGCUUGGCCUAGGCAAUCUGACCAACCGCGAGCAGUCUCAAGUUCCCGACCGUAUGCCAUCGAAUGGCUCCACAUCAUCACUCUCUGCCUCCAAUAUCCACCACUCUUCACCGAGCACUCCAAACCUUCCGGCGUCUACCAACUCCAGCUUCUCUUCUCGUGAUGCACCAGUCAGUGGGACGCCACUCAAAGAGACCUCGUUCUAUAAGCGUGCGCUUACGGAAGAUAUUGAGCCUACGCUACGUCUGGACCUAUCGCCUGGGUUGUCUUGGCUUGCUAGACGAACCGUUAUCAAUAGCAUGUGUGAAGGGAAACUUAUAGUCGAACCAACUCCACCAGCGGCAAGACUAUAUCAUCCUCCGUGUGCUCUCUGUGGGGAACAAGGGCGAGGCGAAAAGCAAGCCAGAACGCAUCGUUUCCGGACUAGCGAAAGCGAAAGUGCGCAACGUUAUCCUUUGUGCAAGUAUUGCCUCACCCGCGUGCGGGCAACAUGCGACUUCCUCGGCUUUUUGAGAAUGGUAAAGGACGGUUAUUGGCGAACAGACGGAGCGGAAGCAGAAGCCAUUGCCUGGGAAGAGAGUGUUCGACUCCGAGAGCGGAUGUUUUGGUCGAGGAUUGGUGGUGGUGUCGUACCGGCCUUUUUGCGUGCCCGGGAAGAUACGCCCCGGAGCUCUACAGAAGACGAGAAGCCAAGUCCUAAUUUUGCGGAUUCGCAAACCAGUUUGAGCAGUCACGAUACCAAACUGGAGAAAUCAUCACAGCCGGUGCAGGAGACGACACUUGAGCAGUCGUUACCCGCGCUGGCGGACACCAAGCCCGCUUCUCCCCCAUCUUGGGUACAGAAUCACAAGUCGGAGCAUGCCAUACCGCCGCCCAAAGAUAUAACGCCUAGUUUGCCAUUCGACGGAAAUGAUCCAGUACAGACAAACGGCAAUCGUCCCUCUUUGAGCAGGACAUCGACACGCCCACGAGGUAUGAGUCGUACAGAAAGCACCGGUAGAGGAUCUGUUGCGAGGAGGGCAGCAAUGUUUGAACGGGGUACAUCGGAAGAUGGAGCUUCCAGACAGCUUCAGACGAGCCUGCAGGAUUCCAUCAAGAGCAGAUCACCUGUCACAGGUAGAUCGCCGUCUCCAGCAGUCAGACCUCAAGCAUCGGAGCCGUCUGUCAGCAUGUCUCAGCUUGAGAGAGGUACAUGCGGUACUAUCCCGGGCUCUUUCGACUUUUGA